AUGUGCCGCCUCAUCCUCUUCGCGGGCACAUGCACCCGCUGCAACCAGUCCCUGACGUGGGCCGAGCUCUCCCAGCAGCUCUCCUGCCUCGAGGCCAAGAACGCCGACGAGUUCGGGGGCUGCCGCCGCGGCGUCGACGUCGAGACGCACGCGUUCGACCAGGAGUGCGACGCCUGCGCCGGCGAGGACGAGGGCGUCGCCGGGAUGGAUUUCGGGGAGCAGCAAUAUCAGGCGGCGCAGUACCACAACCAUCAACAAUAUCACGAGUAUGCCCAAUAUCAACUCCAGCAGCAGCAGGGUCAACAGCACGAUUUCGGGUCAGCAUCAUCACAUUCAGCAACUACAGCACCGGGGUCGAUGAAUAAGCGGUCUGGUGCGAGAGACGAGGGGGAGGGGAGGAGGAAGAAGAGGGCGAGGACGUGA